AUGGACGCAUUUCUAAAAAAACCGAGAUUGAGUACGGACGGAGGAGUAAAUUCCCGAACUCAAGAAGUACCGCGCACUAAAGUCCUGAGAGAUGCCCUGUCCGCUGCAGGCAAAGACAACAGCACACUCCACAGCGCCUCAGAGACACGAUGGGUAGAGAGGCAUGAUGCUGUCAGCGUAUUCCAAGAAUCGUUUAAGUGCAUUGUUGGUGCUUUAGAAAAAGUCGUUGAAUGGGGCGAUGAGCACGGAUCAAAAGCAUCCAGUUUCCAUGCAUGCUUGUGCAAAUUUGACUUCAUAAUAACUUUGACCAUUAUGAACAAAAUGAUGUCUUUGACAUACAUAGUAUCCAAGUAUUUGCAAAAAGAGUCGAUCGACUUGAGUUCAGCUAUGCUCAAGAUUGAGUUGGUACAACAAAAAUUUUCCGAAAUGAGAAAAGAAGGCGACAAAGAGUUCUUACAACUGUAUAGAAGAGCUGAAGAUAUGGGAGAGAAACUUGGUAUCAAACCAAAAACCCCGAGAGUCGUAGGCACACAAAGAUUUAGAUCGAACGUAGAAGCCAACAACCCAGAGGAGUAUUACAGGAUAUUUAUAUUUUACCCGUAUAUUGACGAAAUAUCAUCUUCACUGACCGAAAGAUUCACCAGCCACAAAGAUGUGUUAAUUGGCCUAGACAGUGUACUUCCUUGCAAUAUCCAACAAAGGCAGUUCACUGAUCUGGAGCCUACCUUGGAUUUUUACCAAUCCGAUUUAGUCCACACAAACCGGGACAUCUUGAAUGCGGAGUGGGAGUUAUGGAAAAGCCACUGGAAGAUUGCCCAGGUUACGCCUAAAACUGCUACUUCAGUGCUAAAGGCUUUGAAGGACGAAGAUGAUGCUUUUCCUAACAUGAAAAUUCUGCUUGGUAUAUUGGCAGUCCUCCCUGUCACAACAGCAUCAGUUGAAAGGUAA